UAUUGCUCUUCUUGUCAUUCCAUUUUCUUUGGCGACCCGACGUUGGCCCGCGCGCGACCACAUUUCCUUUUUGUAAAAUUCCUCAACUUGAUAUCUGGGAUCCAUGUGCACCAUCAAAAUGUGGCGCGCACACUGGCCAGACAUGAGUGGGAUGAACAUGUAUUGGCAGUGUUUUCUAAGCCAUCUUCUGUCAACUAGUACUAGUCACACAGCGACACGUUCGGCACGACAUAUCACAAAAAUUGACUUGGUCCUCGACUGACAACUGAUGGUUAGAAGUGGGACUCUUGUUGUGUUGCAUCUGUGUUUCUCCGGUUUAUUGUUAUGCGGACAAUAGUGUCUAGUUUGAUGGAAUACUCCAUGAAAUGAGCCGGCUGUUAGCGUGCACUGGCAAUCAGCGCAAUCACUCUACGUUCGCACCUGCAGCAAAUUGCCCCUAGUUUCUCUCAACGUACACUGUGACUUUCACAUCUUGCAGUCGUCAUCAUGCCAAAUAUCAUGCAGGAUCACCUUCAAGAUCUCCACCGAAAGGUCAAGAACUACCAAUAUCCCACUAUCAGAGAUCCAAACCGGACACUCCCUCCGUUCCCAAAGGUCAUAAGCAACCUACUCCUUUGGGACCAUCUGAAGAAGCUUGGAUUCAUCGAUCGAUCAGAGCCUAUUGAAAAACCGAUGUCUACUGGCUUCAAGACAGCCAGCAACGUGAGCAUUGGAGAUGUUGCAUCGCGAAGUCUCCGAGUCUUUUUGAGCUGGGAUGAAUAUGCCACGGAAGAGUCUUUUGAGGAACCGAACGCGCUGAGUGAACAGCAGAAGAAUAUGGAAGUGUUUGCGCAUCUCAUGGAGGCUGAUGGAUCGGUUGACGAAUCAGUUGAAAAGUUGCCCGAUUUCCUUAAUGUGCUCCCCUCCAAUUGGAAGGAAAUUACGUUGGGCGACUUGGCUACCCUUAACGACGGGUUUGAGAUGCUAGAAGUAGUUGCGGCAACAUUGUGCCUUAGCACUCUAAAGGGAAAAACCGUGGACCAUCGAGUCUCGACCUUUCGAGAGUGCAGAACGAUGCUGAAGAAAAAUAAGCAGAUGUUCGAAUUCAUCGUCCGAUUGUUACUCCCACGCCAUGAAGGGACGACACCAACCGAGAUGGACACCGAGAGAAACGUUGGGGCAGCCAUAAUGCCGUUCUUUGAUAUUAGUUCGAAUCCAUCGUUCUUCUGUCAUUCAAACCAGCCCAGCAUCACUCCUCCAAUUAUGGGGUUCGGGAGUACAACUCCUCACCCUGAUCUGCUCACAUCCGUGGGUUUCAAUGAGUUGAUGGGGAUCCGAGUCGGCAUCUUUAUUGGGGAAGCCAAACGUCCCGAAACAAAGGGGGCCCCACACGCCAAUACCCGACUAACACCCGCAUCCUCCAGCUUGUCAGUGCCAAAGCAACCCGCCGCAAAAUCCAACUUUACACAAGCCUUAAACCAAACAUUUCUCGCAUCGCUACCUAUACUGUCGCUCAUUGCCUUGGCUGCCACCAAUGGAACCCAAUUUAGUCCUAGCAACCCCCCUCCUCUCCCAAAACAUGGGUUUGUCUUCGGAUUGCGCUAUUCCUCGGCAAUGAUCGUGGUAGACGUUAUGUUCCCAUCAUGGGAACAGGAGGCAGUUGGUGCCCCCGAUGCUCCAUCCCCCGGCUGGGUGUAUAAUACGAUUAAUCUUGGAACAUUUGCCAUCUCAGACACGUUCUUCGGAGGGCAGCUAAGUGGGGAAGUAUUGAAGUUUCUGGAGGUUAUGGCCGCAAUCCUAGAACACAACAACCGAUUAUUUGAGGAAUUGUCGGCCGCUUCAUUCCAUGAGAUUGUGGGGGAAGCGUUUAAAGUUUGGAGGCACGGAAUUGAUGAUGAAGGAUCAUGGCUGGAGAACUUGUUGCUUCUUGAUCCAGCGUAUGUCGAGGUCCUAGGACGUGAGGACGUUGCCACGAUUCGGGAUGACUACCACAAAAGGCAUGAAGAAAAGGAGAGGGAGAAGAGGGAGAAGGGAGAAAAGAAGGGUAAGGAGGGCAAAGGGAAGGACAAAGGGAAGGGGGGAGCCCACACCCUGGAGGAGAAGAUGGCAGCGCUGGUGGUGGGAGAGCCAAUUGCUAAACAUUAAUGAUAUUGCAUUCUAGCUACCAGAACGGCGGAUCCUCAGUCGCCCAUUACGGGUGGUUGAAGGAUGACACUGGGAAACGGUUAAACAAACAAAUGAAUUGGGUAUUACUGCGCAAGCCAAUAUGACUCGUAUGUAUCGAGAAUACAAGAGCGAUGGGAUACAAAGGCGUUGGCGAAUCAAAAGCGAGAGAACGCAAACGGUGAAGAGGAAACGGACCCGCAGCAUCCGACCAUUUCCAUGAUCUUUCCUCCCAUACUUGUGAAUAGAACCCGAUGCUUGCCCUUUCCACCCCUUUCUCGCUCGUCCAUCGUGCCACGCACCCGCUUCCUUAUUCGCUUGUUCCACCAACUUGAUAGCCUGACGUACAUUCCCUAUCAUCGACUUCGUCUCUAAAAGCACUUCCAUGAUUGACUCCUUAUCAUACACAAUAUUGUUGUACGUGAAGAAUUUACCUAUGAGUACAAAUCCAUUUUAUUCUC